AUGUCGAGGAACAGUUCUGGUACUGGAACUCCUUCAGGAGCGGGUGGAGGAGCAGUCAUGGAUAAUGGGACCAACCUCGGUUCUGCACUAGGUCGUAAAGCCAGCUUGGGACCGUCCCAAAAGCAAACUUUCAACAUGGAAAGGAGGACAAGCGCUUCGGCCGCUGGUAGUGGACGAGUCAGCAGACGAGGCAGUGGAGUCGUGGUGACUCCCAGUGGAACUCAGGCUGUCUAUCAUACCCGAACCCAUGGUGAAGCAGAGUUCCCACACGCUGAGAAGAAAACCAUGGCCGACCAGCUCAGAAAGUAUGAGAGUCUCCUGACUCUGACCCCGCAAAGAAUGCGUAUGAUCGUCCACGCUAUCGAGGAAACCCUUGAUGCAGGAUUGCAGAAGGACGGAAUGGUUGUCGUGAUUCCAACCUUUGUCUUUGGCUGGCCGACCGGCGAGGAAAAAGGCGAGUACCUUGCUCUUGACUUGGGUGGAACCAACCUGCGAGUCUGUCUUGUCACCUUGAUGGGACACGGCAAAUUCGAAGUAACUCAAACCAAAUACCGACUUACCGAGGACCAAAAGCAAGAGGAUGGUCAAAAGCUUCUCGACUUUUGCGCCGAAUGUCUGGACAGUUUCAUCCGAGACAGCUUGGGUCGAACAGAGGAGGAUGGGAUCUUGUCAUUGGGCUUCACAUUCUCCUAUCCUUGCUCUCAACUGAGAAUCGAUCACGGAGGCACGUUGCAUUGGAUCUCGAUCCCCCUCAUUCGCUGGACCAAGGGCUUUGGUGCUCCCAAUAUCGAGGGGCAUGAUGUCGCAGCCAUGUUCGCUGCAUCGCUGAAGCGACUCAAUGUGCCCGCCGAAUUGACAGCGUUGAUCAACGACACGACCGGAACGCUCAUUGCCUCCAACUACGUCGAUCCCCACACAAAGAUCGCUGUCAUCUUUGGUACUGGAUGUAAUGCUGCUUAUAUGGAAAACGCUGGAAGCAUUCCAAAGAUGGCCAGUGUGGGCUUGCCUGAAGAUCAGGGAAUGGCUAUCAACUGCGAGUGGGGUGCCUUCGACUCGUUUGACCACCAGCACCUCCCUCGUACAAAGUACGACAUCCAGAUCGAUGAAGCGUCAAACAAGCCUGGCGAGCAAUCUUUCGAAAAGAUGAUUGCCGGUCUGUAUCUCGGUGAAAUCUUCCGACUCAUCAUGACGGAUAUGAUCGAUUCUGGUGACCUCUUUUUGGGACAGAACACGUACAAACUUGAAAAAGCUUAUGCUUUUGACACGGCUUUCUUGUCAUUGAUGGAGAGUGACCCCACCGACGAGCUCUUAACGAUUGUCGGAGUCUUCACUCACUUCUUCGGUAUCGAGACGACCUUGGAAGAGCGUCAAUUCUUCAAGAAGCUCGCUGUGCUCAUCGGAACUCGUGCCGCUCGCCUCUCAGCAUGUGGUAUCGCUGCAAUCGUUAGCAAGAAGGGAUAUCUGGAGAAAGGAUGCGCAGUCGGAGCCGAUGGAUCGCUUUACAACAAAUACCCUCAUUUUGCGGACCGAGUCCACACUGCGCUCGUGGAUAUCUUUGGGGAGAAGGGCAGAAAUAUUGUUACUCACCAUGCUGAAGAUGGAUCUGGAGUGGGAUCUGCUAUCAUUGCGGCUAUGACCAAGGCCAGGAAGGAGAAAGGAUAUUACGUCGAUUACUAG